AUGAACGUACUUCUUCUGAACGCCAGUGAGCCUAGAUGGAAGAACCAACGCCGUAUUAUACACUCAUGUAUGACUAGUGUACCAAAAGCCGAUGCUGGGCUCGAAUUUUUGCAUUUCGAAUCUGCAAAGUUCCUUAACGAGAUUGCCAGUGCUGGGCAAAAGGAAAAGUCAAGCUCAAAGUUGUGGGACAGCCUCUCCAGAUAUACCUACAGUACUUUUGCUUCUCAGGUAUUUGGAAUGGAGAUCCCGGAUACCAAUAACCCGGUCAUUGGCUAUAUUCACGAAACUGGUCUCGCGCAGAUUCUUGGCACACUUCCCGGAUCACAUAUCGUUGAUGUGCUACCAUUUCUCGAUAUGCUCCCCAUCUUUCUCAAGCCAUGGGAGCAAAGCUCACGGGCACGGUUCAGAAGGGACUUGGAAUGGUCCAUGAAGCAUUUGAAUCGAGUUGAAGACCCCACAUCGACUGACCGAGGAAUCUCACAAGAGAGCUUCCUUCGUACUCUUAUUCAGAACUCGAAUAAGUUCGGGGUUGAGCUUGAGGAAGCAGCAUAUCUUUCUCUAAUGGUGGUCAUGGCUGCAGCAGAUACGAGCCAAAUGUCUACUUGGUCUUUUCUUGAAGCCAUGCUUCAAUUUCCAGAUGUUCAAAAGAAGGCUCAAAAAGAGAUUGAUGACGUUGCUGGUGACCGAAUCCCUGUUUUUGAGGAUCUUGACUCGAUUCCAUACGUGCGCUGCAUUAUGAAAGAAGUCUGGCGCUGGCGCCCACCGGUCGCUUUGGGACAUCCACAUGUAACCACUAAGGAGCUUGAAUACGGAGGCUACCGUAUCCCGAAGGGCUCAAGGAUUCAUAUCAAUGCCUGGGCCAUCGGACACGACGCUAACCGCCACAAAGACCCGGAAAGAUUCUGGCCAGAGCGAUAUUCCCAUGAUAAAACAACUACAAUGGAGAGUAUCAACUCUCCAGAUGUUACCCAGCGAGAUCACUUUGCUUUUGGCUCGGGAAGGCGCGUGUGUCCCGGCUACCACGUUGCCGAACGCUCCCUUGGGGUUUCUAUCAUGCGUAUACUUUGGGCAUUUGACAUCAAGCCUUCUUCGACAGCAAAGCUUCCACUGGAUCCCUCGAAAUACCGUGGGCAGCCCCCCGGGAAUCCGAAUAGCGAUCUACCAGUGGCGUUGUUCCCCAGGAAUGGGAAGAAUGAACUCAUAAAGAAAGCCUAUGAUGAUGCGGUGCAAAGUAGAGUACCUAUGACCAAGCUUGAGGCGUAG